GUCGUGAGCUUCGUCAGCUGGGCAGCGCUUGGCCUCCUCAGCUGGCUCGGCCACCACGUGGAGCAGCCGCGCUUUGCGGAUUUGGCGUCAGUCGACGAGCCGAUCAUAGCCUACUCGAGCCUGCUCGCGUCCUUCCCCACCCCCGACGGCCAGGUGCCCAGGGCGGUCCUGGCAGCAAUGCGGGGCAAGGUCGCCCUCGACUUGACGACAGAUGCCGCGGUGACUCGGAUCCGAAGUUGCUUGUGCUUGGACCGCGCAUUUUGGGUUAGGGGAAUCUGCGUGAAGGGAUGA